AUGGGUGUCCAGAAUGAGGCCAAUAACCAUGGUCAUACCAGGACGGAUGUCCAGAAUGAGGCCAACAGCCAUGAUCAUAUAAGGACGGGUGUCCAGAGUGAGGCCAACAAUUAUGGUCAUACAAGGAUGGAUGUCCAGGGUGAGGCCAAUAGCCGUGAUCAUACAAGGAUGGAUGUCCAGGGUGAGGCCAAUAGCCGUGAUCAUACAAGGACGGAUGUCCAGGGUGAGGCCAACAGCCAUGGUCAUACGAGGACGGAUGUCCAGGGUGAGGCCAACAGCCAUGGUCAUACAAGGACGGAUGUCCAGGGUGAGGCCAAUAGCCGUUGUCAUACAAGGACGGGUGUCCAGAGUGAGGCCAACAGCUAUAGUCAUACAAGGACCGGUAUCCAGGGUGAGGCUAACAGCCGUGGUCAUACAAGGACGGAUGUCCAUUGUGAGAUGAAUAGAUCAAUCACAACAGUUGCAAUGGAUACAGCAGAUCUUUCUCUUCGUCAUCAAUGUCCCUUCUAA